AUGCUCGCACGCUGGGAAGGCAGCAAAUCGAGCAGCUUGAGCAAACUGCAGCAAGAGCAAGCGGCUUUGCGGCAAACGAUGGAACAAGAAUUUCAGCAACGCCUGCGAGAAAUGGAGCAAAACUUGGCUCUGGAAGGACAACAAUGGGUGAGACAAAGUAAACCGAAUUCUGCUCCUGUUACCAGCCGUCCGCAAGGAGGACACAACAAUGGAGGUGCGCCGCCGGACGAACCGCCUGUGGCACGAUCACCUGGUGAACAAACUCCGAGUGAGAAUGGCGCUGCUAGAGGAACCUUUCUGAAAGGGUCCCAGGCGUUCAACCCGCAAGCCAGUUUGAUGGCGCAUCAGAACCACAACACGCUGCUCAGUGGUUUCGCUGCCCCAGAGGCACCUACUUUCACGGGUUACUCGAUGGCGGCCCGGAAAGUGUUCGCGUACCAAUUCGCAGAGUAUGCUCGCGCUGUUGCCGUCGUGAGUGCGAGUACCAACACGACCAUUCAAUGCCGACCUAUUGGAACUUGCAUUGAAGCGAAAUCAAAGCUGUGGAUCGCGAAAUACCACAUGCAGAAACCAUUGGACCAAAUCACUGACCAUGAGUGGCUGUCGUACUUUCAACACGCGAUGGACCAUCAGGACGACCGAUAUGCCGAGCUAGAAGCAAAAAUCAGGAAGACGGUCGUCAUGAACGACAAGGACAUGGACGCCGACCGUCGACAUGAUAAAUGGAUGCACGACUACUGGGAGUGCCUAGAGAAAAUGAACAUGACCGACUUCGACACGCAGCACCCCAAGGACGCCGUCAAAGCGCUCGUGGAGGGAAUACGACCUAGCGGUCUGCGCGAGUUAGUCCAGCAGGCACUGGCGCAUGACAUGAGGUACCUCCGGAACGACGUGCUGGCCUUUUUCAACUUUGUCCGCGUGGAGCUCCGCAACGCGCUGAAAUUUAUGAGGAAUACGGUUGCCGCGGACAACGCAGGAAGGGACCAGUUGAAGCCUGUCGUCAAGGCGGAUGCCACAGCGUCCGCGAAAUUCACGCCAAAGUAUCCCCCAAAGUCGAAAGUUCUGAAGUCUGACAAAGCCCCUGCUGCUCAACAUAAGGUGGGGCCUACAAAGAAAAAACCAGUCUGCUGGCAUUGCAGUCAAGGUCAUCGUGUGGAGGACUGUCCUACCGCCUCAGCUGCGGAAAAAACAGCCAUAGUGGCCCGGAAAAAAGCCGAAUGGGCCGCAAAGCUGGCUGACG